AUGUGGUCUGCACUUUUGUCCCUCGCGGCUGUGCCCGCUCUGGCACAGGCCUUUGGCAUCCCUGAUGACAACCGCAUGGUCCAGGAACCGGGCCUGCUCCGAUUCCCUCUCGCAGUCUCCGAGGGCGCUCCCAUCGUCAAGAACAUCACCAAGCGGCAGAGCGACAUCUCUCUGGAGAGCCAGCAGACUGGCUGGUUCUACACCAUCGAUCUCGUGAUGGGUACUCCUGGGCAGACGGUCAAGGUCAACUUCGACACAGGAUCCGCUGAGCUUUGGGUCAAUGCUCAAUGCGAGACCUCCUCCGACCCUGAGUUCUGUGCGACCUUUCCCCGGUUUACCGGCAGCAGCACACUGGUGGACCUGCAGUCUCAGAGCACCAUUACAUAUGGCUCAGGAUCCGUUGAUAUUGAAUAUGCCUACGACUUCGUCUCGAUCGGAGGUGCCAGGAUCAGCCAGCAGAUUUUUGGAGUUGGAACCGCCAGCGAGAUUCUCACUGUUGGAAUCAUGGGUGCCGGCCCUGAUCUCUACGGUUGGGAAGCCCCGUACCCUCUGCCGAUCGACAACCUGUUCACGCAGGGCUUCAUCAACCACCGAGCCUUUAGUCUCGACAUGAGAUCCAUUGAGAGCAGCCGAGGUUCUGUCAUCUACGGUGGCCUCGACACCAAGAAGUACUCCGGACAUCUGGAAGCGCGCCCUAUUAUCCCGGCCUCCUCGUCUCCUGACCAGCUCACUCGCUACUGGAUCUACGUCGACGGCAUUGCUCUCACCCAAGCCGAUGGCACCAAGGACACCCUCUCCACCCAGCCUCUAGGCGUGCUCCUCGACAGCGGCUACACGGUCAGCGCUUUGCCCAGCUCCAUCUUCAACGUCCUUCUAGAUAAGUUCCCUACUGUCCAGCCCAUCCCUGGCUCCACUCUUUACGAGGUUGACUGCAGUGUUGGCGAGUUGGACGGCACUGUGGACUUCACCUUUGGCGAGACCGUCAUCAAAGUCCCCUACAACGACUUCAUCUGGAAGCAGCCUCAGUACGAUAUUUGCGUUCUCGGUGCCUUCCUCGAUGACGAGUUCCCCGUCCUUGGAGAUUCUUUCCUCCGUGCUGCCUAUGUCGUUUACGACUGGGACAACCGAGUGAUCCAUCUUGCGAACAACGAGGACUGCGGUUCCAACCUUGUUGCUUUUGGAACUGGUGUUGAUGCCAUUCCCGACAUUGUCGGCGAGUGUGGCGGCACCCAGGAAACCACCACGUCUGAGAUGCCCACUUCUACUUCUACCACUGAGGUUGAGACCACGACCGAGAGCACGACCGAGAGCGCAACUGAGAGCACCACUGAAGCAACGACGACAGCUGAGAGCACCACCGCUCCCGAGACUGACAGCACAGCCGCGGCGGAUACCACCACUAUUGGCCCCGCUGACAGCACUACUACUCUGUCCUUCUCUACUACUCACUACUACAACACUUCUUCCAUUGCCACCUCGACCAAGUACACUGAUAGCCACACCACUGACGUGUACUCGACUGAUAGCCACACCACGUCUCUUAAGACCCUGACGUCGACCAUCACCGCCACUAACAUCUACACCAUUACGUCCUGCGCUCCUACUAUCACCAACUGCCCCGUUGGCUCCGUGACUACUGAGGUUGUCACCUCGUACACCACCUACUGCCCGGGCGAGGAGACCAAGCCCAAGCCCACCAAGGCACCUGUUACUAGCCUGACGUCGACUUACACGUCGACUCGCACUUACACUGUGACGGACUGCCACGGCAAGGGAAGCUGCACCAAGGCAGCCCUGACCACCGAGGUCUACACCUCCACAACAAUGGUGUGCCCUCAGACCACUGCUACCUACACGCUCCACCAGACCAUCAGGUGCCCAUACGGCCAGGAUGACUGCAUGACUGGCUCAACCAAGACCAUCGACCACGUCUUCACCAUCUACCCCGUCACUGAGUAUCCCGUUCCCACUCCGGUGCCUGGCUGCUCAAGCUGUGUUCCUCUGGCCAACAACGCCACUGCCAGUUACAAGCCCACCUACCACGCGAGUGAUAAGGUUCCCUCCUACACGGCGCCUGUCUCCGAACCCACUGAGACAAUCUCGGUUGUCACCGGUGCUGCCGCUUGGAAUGCUCCUGGAAUGGUCGCCGUGGCUAUGGGUGUUCUUCUUGCCGCCGUCAUCUAA